AUGCCGCUGGAUUGGUGGUGGCAGGGUUAUGGUAUAUGUGCCAACCUUCCCUCUUCCCUGCGAAACACACUGACGGCUUUUCAACGUUCAUCCUGGCCCCGUGCAAAGGAGAGCCUGGCUAGGCAUGUCGCAAAGCCUCCAACUAAUGGAUUUGGAUGCCUUGGAACUGGAGUGUUCGAAAGCCUCCAAGGAUCCUCAGGCUUGUUGGACAAUUCACAAGCCAGGUCGUCCGCGACACAUCUGGAAACUGACCACGGCGAGGAUUGCUGCCUGAGGAUGCGAUUAUUGGUGACGGGCCGUACUGCUACCGGCAUGGGUGGCAUGCAGGCUAAGCGGACAGACAUGAAGAGAAGGAAGACCCAUGACGAUGGAUGGGUAUCGAGUGGAGAGCUUGAGGCACAGGAAUCGCAGUCUGAUGAUCAUACUCUUACAUCCAAUCCCCCGGGUUUGCCAACGCGGACAGAGAUGUCGAGUGGGUUCAACUGGACGGCAGGAUAUGGAGACAGGAGGAGGGAGGAAUAG